AUGACUAUAUACAUCCGUCCCGAGACUCCCGCCGAUUACAGCGCUAUCCACGCUCUAACUUCUGAUGCCUUUCCAAAUUCUACGGCUAAUGAGCCUGGUAUCGUUGCCGACCUGCGCGCCGCCUCAGCCCUUACUCUCUCCCUCGUCGCCGUCGACUCUGCUGCUGCGGAAACCAUCAUCGGCCAUAUCGCGUUCUCACCUGUUGUCAUCACGCCGCCGCCCUCGUCUAAUAAAAAGUGGUUUGGGCUGGCGCCCAUCUCGGUGGCGCCUCAAAGACAGGGGCAUGGAGUCGGGCGGCAGCUCAUUGAAGAGGGUCUUGCCAAGUUGAAGAGCAUGGAAGGCGUGCAGGGCUGCGUGCUACUGGGUGAUCCCAAGUUCUACAAUCGCUUUGGUUUCAUGGCGGGACAGGGUCUAGGACUGGCGGGUGUGCCGCCAGAGUACUUUAUGAGUUGCGUGCUGGACGGAAGCGAGUGCCCGACGGGAGAGGUCAAAUUCCAUCCGGCAUUUGACCAAUCUCUGACUGAUGCUGACACGAAGCAUUGA